CAGUUGUGUACCUUGGAAUUUGAAACACGUCGUGCUUCRUACUAUUGGUUAUUGCACGCACUGGAGCUUUAUCAACCAUAUGUGUGGGAAUAUUCUYGACUCAAUGUUUCAAAUAAUGUGUUGUCUAAGCGUAAGUUAAAUCGACUAGUGACAGAAAAAUGGGUUGAUGGUUGGGAUGAUCCUYGACUGUUGAYGCUAGCUGGUSUUAGGCGCAGGGGUGUCACGUCAACUGCAAUUAAUGCUUUKGUUCGAGGAAUUGGAAUCACUAGAAGGUUUGAAGUUUGUAUGCUUGUUAUAUGGGCAUGUCAAAGAAAUCAGUAGCAUUUCAUGCUACAUUUGUCAUCUGCUGUUACCAUAACUAUCUGGUGUUUUCACCACAGUGACUGUAGUUUGAUUCGGUUUGAUCGUCUUGAAUAUCACAUUAGAKAAGAACUAAACAGGUCAGCUSAACGGGCAAUGGUUGUUUUGCAGCCGCUUAAGGUYGUUAUUACCAACUUAGAAAAUGGAUCAAUAAUGGAUCUUGACGCCAAGAAAUGGCCUGAAGCUCAAGCAGAUGAGGCAUCAGCCUUUUAUAAGGUUCCAUUUUCCAAUGUUGUGUACAUAGAACAAUCAGAUUUCCGGUUGAAUGAUUCAAAAGAUUACUAUGGUCUUGCACCUGGGAAGUCUGUCCUUCUGAGGUAUGCGUAUCCUAUUAAAUGUACAGAUGUUAUCCUUGCGGAUGAUAAAGAAACUGUACUUGAGGUUAGAGCAGAAUAUGAUGCUUCCAAGAAAUCAAAGCCAAAGGGGGUCCUACACUGGGUUGCAGAACCUUCUCCAGGAGUUGAUCCACUGAAAGUGGRAGUUAGAUUGUUCGACAAGCUAUUCCUUUCUGAGAAUCCUGCUGAACUUGAUGAUUGGCUCGCRGAUUUGAACCCACAAUCAAAAGUAGUCAUCCCGAGUGCUUUUGCUGUACCARAACUUAGGAAUGYUGUUGUAGGAGAYGCAUUCCAAUUUGAAAGGAUUGGGUAUUUUGCAGUUGAUAAAGACUCAACUCCUGAAAAGCUCAUAUUCAAUUGAACAGGCACGUUGAGAGAUGGCUAUAAUAAGAGCAGUAAGUAAGUUCAAAAUUAGGGGAAAAAAACAAAUGGUCUUAUAAUGCAUCCCUUCUUUCAAAUCAAAAUUUUCGUAAAUAUUGUUUAGAUCUUGUAGAAGAAUUAAAUGUGCUUCGAGUCUUUGUUGUGUAAAUCAUUACGACUGAGACCUUCCCUGGAAAGAACUUAUGCCUCUUUGAUUCGAGAUUGUUUUGACCGAAAAUUUGAAGGAAAAAAACUGACCACAAUGUUUAUGAUAAA